AAUAUUAUAAGAUUACAUUCGUAAUUGUUAUUAUUUGGCUGAAAGGAGUUAUCGUCCUUGUACGUUUGCGGGUGAGUCUAGUGUUGCUGCUCCGAGCGUGGGAGAGUAGGUAGACGGCAGUUCGGCGACCAGAUUGAAGCGCGCCAACGAUUCAGAUCUGAUUCCAGAUCUCUGCGAUUUUAUAUUACUCAAUCUUCACUGUCUCCUCCAUAUUUGUUUAAUCUAUAUUUUCAAUCUAAACACUUUCCCUAAACCCUAACCUGCUUUUCCUCUCCAGUAUCGCUCCUGCUUCGUCAAUUAACAACCUUAUCGUUUUGAUUUUCAAUCGCCAAUAAAAAAUCGAAGCCUUUUGUAAUUUCCCCCCUUCUCCCUUUGGCGAAAUUACUGGUCUCUCACAAUGAAAGAAGGAAAAUCGAUUAAAGUCAAUCAUCAUCAGCAGCACCAGAAUGGUCACCUCUCCUCUUCCAAAUUCGCUAAAUUGCUUGAUCCUGAAGCUUCAUGGGAUAAGGAUCAAUUGGGAGAUGUUUUACACUGGAUUCGACAAGCCCUGGGCCUUGUGUUUGGAUUAUUAUGGGGUGCCGUACCUUUCGUUGGGGGAAUAUGGUUUAUCUUAUUUUUGGCAAUAUCCUCUGGGAUCAUAUAUGGUUAUUAUGCAAUGAUAUUAAAGGUUGACGAGGAAGAGUUUGGCGGUCAUGGUGCACUCCUUCAAGAGGGUCUCUUUGCUUCCAUAACUCUCUUCCUGCUUUCGUGGAUUCUAGUUUACAGUUUGGCGCACUUCUGAUUGGCAGGGCAUUGGAGGUUUUGUAAAUAUCUCCAACUGUCAGUGGAUUCACCAGAUGUUACUUGACUCUAUGAGAAUUGUCCUGAAAACUGUGAGAAGGAUCAUUGGAAUUGAAAAUAUUUGUUUUACUUCCUUGAUUGUAAAACGUUUUGGUUUUGCGGAGCAUGAACAAAUCAGCUUCUGGUUUCCGUGGUAAAUACUGUAUUCUCCAUGCAUUGGAAAUGACACCACGUGUUGUAGCAAAUUAUGGAGUGCAGAAAUCAUGGCAAUCAACAUUCUGUUUUUGUUGAUCACUGAAAUAAAGGUUGCUUGCAGGCAUGAUUCUGAUGGA